UUGUCUUCAUUCUUCAGUCAAUCUAGUAUGGAUAGUAGACAACAAUGGCUUACCAGGCUGAAAAAUGAACUUAGCAACAGUCCUCUGGUGUCAAAUGUGGCUUUUGGCUUUAUCCUGAUGGGACUAGAGAAACUUGUGGAGCUGGAGUUUGAGUGUCCUUGCAACCCUACGUGGAAUGGAGCGUUUUCAUCAGCAUUCUUCAUCAUUCCUGCCGUCAUGGCCUUCACCCUCAUGCUGAUCAUUCAAGGAUGCAGAUGUGAUGCAUGGUGCAGGAAAACUGUUUCCCUCUCCAGUUUUGUCCCCGCUAUCGUGUGGCUCAUCUUGUUGUUCCUCGAUGGCCAAUACUUAGCCUGUGCUAUGACAGACUGGGAGGGCAGAUUUGUGCUUGUUGACAAGGCAGCUCCACAGAAGUGGUGUGAGCCAAUUAGUGAGGGAACUGUCACCCCACAAGAACUAAUGCUUCGCUCGCAGCAGCUGUUUGUCUUUUCUCAGGUUAUAGGCAUAGUCCUCCUCAUAUUCAUCUGUAUGGGCCUCAUAGUGUAUGUAAUCAGAGAAAGUUGCCAUCAAGACGUGGAGAUGCAAGAUGCAGAUGUAGCUGAGCUCACGGUGCUCAGGAUGAGCUCUUUACGCACCCGGACUUCAUGA